AUUCUCUCUUUUUCCCUUCAUUUUUCUCUCUCUUUAUAUUCCGUUACAUUUCCUCCUCCAUUUUUAGGGUUUUCUUUUUUUAUUUUCUCCACCUGCCGUUUUUUUCCCAAAGGCUUUUGAAUUGGAUUUUCAAGAUUGGUUCUAAGGUCUAAGAUAUAAAUUCUCAGACAGGUACACGUGAGACUCGACUAAAUUGUGCGAGCCAAAAUGUUCUGUUUCUAGUGUAAAUGCAGUGUGGUUCAGGAGAUGAGGUAUCGGUUUCUGUCAUUGUCUAAAUCAGACAACCAAUUUCAGAAUCUCCUUUGACACUUCCGACUUGUCCAGAUUGCAGGAAGCCCGUACUUAAUGGACUCUAUUCCCAGCAGUAGUGAUAAGAAAACUUUGAAGAGGUGGUUUUUCAUUGACAAAAGGGUUGGUUAAAAGAUUCGGCACUCCUAUACAUCCACUAGUAAGAAGUUCCAACUGCAUAGCUGUCAAUCGCAAAGUCAAAAUCACCCAAAUUCAUAUUGUUUCAAUGGACUUAAAUUCGACGAAAGCCUCUCCAGUUCUUACGGAUCCUUCACCAUUGAACAAGUCCAGAUUGGGGAUUUAUUCUAGUUUGUUGCCUUACUCACAAUCUGGUCCUUCAUUCUCCACUAGCGUGCUAACAAUUCCUAGAAAGAAGCCAGCGAAGCUUGAUGAUGUUCGAUCCAAUGGUUGGCUUGACUCUAUGAUGUCUUCUUCACCUCCUAGGAAGAAGAUUCUGAAGGAAGUAAACAUUGAUGUUUCUUCCGAUGACGCUGAUGUUACUUACCUUUCUUGGACGAUCAAGUAUCCAUCAGCUCUCAACUCCUUUCAGCAAAUUAUGAGGCAAGCAAGGAAUAAACAGAUAGUCAUCUUCUUAGAUUAUGAUGGGACCCUUUCUCCGAUUGUUGAUGAUCCUGACCGUGCUUUUAUGUCCAAUGAGAUGCGCUCUGCUGUCAGGAAUGUUGCAAAGUAUUUCCCAACAGCUAUCAUCAGCGGAAGAAGACGUGAUAAGGUUUAUGAGCUGGUAGGUCUAACUGAACUCUAUUAUGCCGGUAGCCAUGGUAUGGACAUCAUGCUGCCAGUCAAAAAUAUGCCGUCUACUAACGAUUCUAAGUGUAUUAAAUCUACUGAUCAGCAGGGCAAGGAAGUUAAUCUGUUCCAGCCUGCUCGUAAAUUUUUACCUAUGAUUGAUGAGGUUUUUAAAACCCUUGUCGAGAAAACUAAAGACAUUAAGGGGGCAAAGGUUGAGCACCAUAAGUUUUGUGCCUCUGUACAUUACCGUAAUGUAGAUGAAAAUAAUUGGCCAGUCGUUGCACAAUAUGUCCAUGAUAUCUUGAAAGACUACCCUCGGCUACGGCUAACUCAUGGGCGGAAGGUUUUAGAGCUCCGCCCUGUAAUUGAUUGGCACAAAGGAAAAGCAGUUGAAUUCCUGCUAGAAUCACUGGGUUUUAGUAACAGCAAUGACGUGCUCCCGAUAUAUAUUGGAGAUGACAGAACAGACGAAGAUGCAUUCAAGGCAUUGAGGGGAAAAUAUCAAGGUUAUGGAAUUCUUGUUUCAACUAUCCCAAAAGAGAGCAAUGCUUUCUUCUCUCUCAGAGAUCCUUCAGAGGUCAAAGAAUUCUUGGAAUCUCUUGCAAGGACAAUGGAGGAUAAAGAUAUAUAAAAAGCAUGAGAGGAAGCUGAGGGAAAUAGUAUAGUUUUUUUGGUUUAAAAAACUGCUAUUACUAGGUUUCUAUAGUUUUUCAUGAAAAAGCUGAAGUCAUUUCUCAAUCUUUGUUUUACUAUGUUAUGAAGGUAGAAAUUUUGGAAGUCUUAUUCUUUCUUUGGUUUGUUUUUGUAUUCUUUAGUUUAUCCUUUUUUUGGAAAUGGAAGGUUUUGAUCAAAGGAAGACCUUUCUCUUUUGAGUUAGUAGUAAUCAGAUGAAAUGUUUUGAACCUA